AUGGAUGUUCGUUCCAAGACUGGUGACACUACUGCUAGUGUCUUGCAUGACCGCGGGAAGCCGCCUGACCCGCUGAACAGUUUUGCUAAUAAACCGACCGACCUAGAUGGAUCUGAUUACAUGAAUGAACCGGUGGGUGAGGAGAUGCCUACACCGGGUACAGCACCAAUUCGUGGGAUCGGGUUACGAGUUACUAACAUUGAAGGCAACCCUCUACUUCCGAGAAGAGGUAUGUUUUCUACGUCAAAUGCUUCGGUUUUGGAUGGGUUGAUGAGUAUUUCCAAACCUGUGGAAAACCCCUACACUGGUGAAUCUUCAUCGAUGGCUAAUAAGGAUAAUGGGGUUGCUGCUAAGCCUUUGUCUUACGCUGAGUCGGUAAGUGCUAAUAAUGUGAAGAAAGUAAACUUUCGGUCGCUUGCUAGUUCCGUUAAUCAGGAGGGUUGUGAUGUUGUGUUGCCAAGGGAAUCUGUCCGUUCGGUGCAGGAUAAGAUGGCUAAUACUCUUUACGGGUAUUUUUUGGGUGAUCGUGUGGCUUUCCCGGUGGUUGAUUAUUUUGUGCGUGUGCAAUGGAAGAAGUAUGGCUUGCAGAAAACUAUGAUGAAUGCUAACGGAUUUUUCUUUUUUAAGUUUAAAGAUGAGAUUGGUAUGGAGAAUGUUAUGAAGGAUGGGCCAUGGAUUGUUCGCUCUCAGCCAUUGUUUCUUAACAACUGGACCCCAACUACGAAACUAGAGAAGAAGGAGGUAAAGAAGGUGCAGUUAUGGGUUAAAAUUCAUGAGGUGCCGAUUGCGGCCUACACGGAAGAUGGUCUGAGUCUGAUCGCUACAACUAUUGGGGAACCAAAGAUGCUAGAUUCGUUUACUACGUCGAUGUGCUUGGACUCAUGGGGCAGGAGUAGUUACGCUAGAGCCCUAAUAGAAAUUUCAGCCGAUAAGGAGUUUCGGGAGGAAAUAACUAUGGCAAUUCCGGAAUCUGAAGGGGAGGGGUUUGUGAAAGAGACGAUGUAUGUGGAGUAUGAAUGGAGUCCGCACCGAUGUCCCACUUGCUGUGUGUUCGGCCACAAUCUGGAUUCUUGUCCUAAACAACCUACGAAACCUUUCAAGCUGAUGCAUGAGGAGCUGAAUCGGAAUGGUCAAAAAAAUCGUUCAACUAAGAAGACGCAGGUUGUGGAUAAGGAUGGGUACACAGAGGUUCAUGCUAAGAAAAUUGCUAAAAAAGUCGGAGUUCCGGUCAAUAAGCAAAAACCUAGAUUUGAAUAUCGUCCUAUAGGGCCGAAACCUAAAGGAGACAGUAACAAGGCUUCGAGUUCUAAGAGUAAUAGAUCAAAUAACCCAUUUGAUAUUCUUAAUGAAGAGGAGGCUGAUUUGGAUGACUCCCGCAAGGAGUCUACGAAUUCGGGUAGGGGCAAUGACGACUCUGAUGACGAUGUAGAGGAGGCAUACACUGAAAUGGAUGAAUUCAUGACAGAUGGCACUCUUAAGAGUAAACCUAAAGGGGCAAGCACUCCUUCUCCAAUAGUUAAUAAUGAGUCUCAUGUGGAUGUGAGUAAUUUGAGUAAAGUUUGUAAUUCCGUCUUUCGCUCGUGGGAUUGGACUUCUAAUGGAGGAUGUUGUGAGAAAGGCACUAGAAUCAUUAUUGGUUGGAACCCGGCUAUCUUUGAUGUGAUGAUUUUGUCGCAGUCUCCUCAGGUCAUGCAUAUUCAGCUUGUUUUUAAAAUUGAUAAAAGAAUGGUGUUUUGCUCUUUCGUGUAUGCUGAUAACUAUUAUGUCUCACGUAAACAAUUAUGGCAUAAUUUAUCGGUGCACAAGACCAUGGUGGGGAACAAACCUUGGUGUCUCAUGGGUGAUUUUAACACGGCUCUGAAUCUUGAAGACAAUUCUAUGGGAUCAUCGAUUGUUUCUAUUGGCAUGCGUGAUUUUCAAGAGUGUGUAGAUGAGAUUGAGGUCGUUGAUAUUAAUCGUACGGGGAUGCAUUUUACUUGGAGCCAAAAGCCAAAGAAUGGGCCUUACAGAUUAUCCGAUCAUUGUCCGUGUAUCUUAUCUUUUCCGGGUGCGGGUAUGGUGAAGCCAAGGCCGUUCAAGUUUGCUAACUUUUUGGUCUUCAAGCCGGAAUUUUUGGAUAUUGUUAAAAGUGUGUGGGAUACCAGUGUCAGCGGUGUGCACCAGUUCCGGGUGGUCAAAAAACUUCGGAUGCUUAAACACCCGCUUCGUUCUUUAUUGUUUAAACAAGGAAAUCUUCACAAAAAAGUGGAAACUCUUCGUUUGAAGCUAGAUGAGAUUCAGCAAAGUAUUGACCGAGAUCCGAACAAUGUCGAGCUUCAGGUGGCUGAAAGGGAGGCUGGCCGUGAUUUAUUAGAAGCUUCGCUGGACGAGGAACGGUUUCUAAAACAAAAGUCUAAGGUAGAUUGGUUAAGGGCUGGUGAUUCGAAUUCGGCUUUCUUCCAUUCUUCUUUAAAAAUCCGGAAUCAUUUCAGCCGAAUAGAUGUGAUUAAAGACCCGGAUGGUAACAUUUUUGAAGGCGAUGUGGUUUUUCAACCUUUUGUUAAUCAUUAUCAGAAGUUUUUUGGUUCUCAAGGGGAUAUUUCGCUCAAUCCGGCCCCAGAUUUGUUCUCUAAAAUCAUUGAUCCUCAAAAGGCGUCCCAUAUGAUUCGACCCAUAACUGUAGAAGAGGUUAAAAAAGCGAUGUUUUCUAUCGGCAUUGACAAAGCCCCGGGUCCGGAUGGCUAUUCAGCGGCUUUCUUCAAAAGUGCUUGGCCUAUUAUAGGUAAUGAGGUGACUUGUGCCAUUCUGGAUUUUUUUGAAACAGGUAACCUUCUUCAGGAAUUGAAUCACACGACCAUUGUUCUUAUCCCGAAGGUGCCUACUCCUGCAAGGGUUGUUGACUAUCGCCCUAUUGCUUGUUGCAACGUUUUAUACAAGUGUAUAAGCAAGAUCGUGGCCGAUAGAAUUAAAGUUGUGCUAAAUGACAUUGUUAGCAUCAAUCAGUCGGCUUUUGUUACAGGAAGGAGAAUAUCUGAUAAUAUUAUGCUCACGCAAGAAUUGAUGCAUAAUUACCAUAGAAAUACGGGUCCUCCUCGGUGUGCAUUCAAAGUUGAUAUUCAGAAAGCGUACGACACUGUUGAUUGGAGAUUUCUUAAGAGUGUGUUGCUUGGCUUUGGUUUUCACGUGAAUAUGGUGAAUUGGAUCAUGACUCUGGUCUCUACGGAUUCGUUUUCUGUUUGUGUUAAUGGGUCGGUUCAUGGGUUCUUUAAAGGAAGCCGCGGGUUAAGACAGGGAGACCCGAUAUCCCCUUACCUUUUCACUCUAGUCAUGGAAGUCUUAACGGCCAUCCUUUUACAUGCGGUUCGUAUAGACUCAUCGUUUAAAUUCCAUAAUAAAUGCGAAAAACAGCAAAUCAUAAACCUUUGUUUUGCGGAUGACUUGUUCAUUUUUGCUAGAGGAGAAGUCAAUUCGGCAAGCCAUGUCAAGGAUGCUAUUCUGAAUAUUAUGCCUUUUGUGGAAGGAAAAUUGCCUGUCAGGUAUUUGGGUGUGCCUCUUAUUUCUUCUAGACUUGGGUAUAAGGAUUGUCGAGUUUUGAUUGAAAGACUAGAGAAGCGAAUCACAAACUGGAGAAACAAAUUGCUCUCGUUUGCUGGUAGACUUCAACUUAUUAUUUCUGUCCUCUCUUCCAUGCAUAUCUAUUGGGCGUCCGUGUUUAUCUUGCCGGCUAGGGUAAUUCAGGAGCUAGAAGCCAGAAUGCGGAAUUUCCUUUGGUCUCAAGAAAGUUCGUUUAAUAAAGGGAAAUCUAAGGUUUCUUGGAAAACGGUUUGUACUCCAAAAUAUGAAGGGGGCUUGGGCAUUAGACGAAUUGGAGAUAUGAAUAAGGCUCUUAUGGCUUCUCACAUCUGGAGUAUCGUGUCUAAGCGAGCUUUGCUAUGGGUUGAGUGGGUUCAUAGCUACCACUUAAAAGGAAGGAGUUUUUGGGUUUGCAAAACUCCUGCAAAUUGCUGCUGGUCUUGGAGGAAAUUGAUUCAGCUUCGCCCUCUAAUCAGAAAGCAUAUUUGGUCGGUUGUUGGAAAUGGGACUAGCACGUCGGCCUGGUACGAUUUUUGGUGUGAUCCGGGUCCGUUAAGUGAUUUUCUUACGCCAAGAACCAUUACGGAUGCGGAUUUUAAGUUAGAUGAUUCAGUGGCUAAUGUCUAUUCGUCUGAUUCUUGGCGAUGGCCUACGGAUUGGAGAGAUUUGUUUCCCGUGCUCAUUCAGCUUGACCAGAUGCAAUUAAUUCCAACAAAGCAGGAUAGGCUUUUAUGGAAGGAUGGUACGAACCUAGCCGAAUUCUCCUCAUCCAACGUUUGGCAUUCGGUUAGGUAUAAGGAGCCGGAAGUUAACUGGUGUAAUAUUGUUUGGUUCUCGCAAUGUAUUCCGCGGCAUGCCUUUAUGUUGUGGUUGGUCAUGAAAGGUAAGCUUUUAACUCAAGACAAAAUUCUGAAGUGGGAUAUUUCAAGACGAAAAAAUAUGAAUAUGAUGUGCUGCCUUUUGUGCUAUGAGAAUUUUGAUUCUCAUCCUCACUUAUUCUUUGAAUGUAAGUUUUCGUCUCAAGUUUGGCAUAAAGUGAGGCACAAGGUGGGUAUGUCUUCGGUUAACCCGAAGUGGAGGGAUAUUGUAGAUUGGCUUCUUGCUCGUGCUAGAUCAAAGUCGGUUGAGGUCUAUGUUGCUAAGCUUGUAGUGGCGGCUGGUUCUUACUUCAUAUGGCAAGAGAGGAACAAUCGUCUAUUCAAAAAUCAGCUGAGACCUCCGGAAAUGGUUAGUGAAGUUAUUUUGAAGACGGUUAGAUACAAACUUUUGGGAGCAAAGCUAAAGAAUACUGUGAAGGUGCGAAAGCUUCUAGAAGCUUGGGAUAUUCGUGGGGACACUGAAGACGAUGGUGGCGGCUAA